GCUUUUCUCACGACCAACUAUCCCCACGAUAUGGGGUAGCUUUCUCUAGUAUGGCCAACCUCGCGCAGGAAAUUGCAAGCUACCUCUCCACGAAGUCCCUCUCGCCCACGCCCGCCUGGCUCUCCACCUUCCUCCCCACCAUCCGCACCAACACGCCCCUCCCCGCGCUCCAGAAAACCGCCCUCUUCCGCCUCCUCGCAACCGACAUCACCCAAUCCCUCGCACGCUCCCCAACCUCCUGCUUCCCUGCCACAGUCCACGACGCCACCGUUCGCGAGCGCAAUCUCACCGGCCCCCUCGCCGUCCAAGUCCUCGACGUCGAAGACAUCGGGCGCAGCUGCUGGAGCCAGGUCGAGGCGAUUGAGGCGGCGGAGCGCGGCGAGACGACGAAAGGGCGCGAGAUUAUCCGCAGCGUGCCGAGUGAGCAGGAGACAGCUGAGGGCGUGCAGGCAGCGGGAGCGGGGCCGCAUAAGGUGCUGUUGCAGGACGCGCAGGGGGUUUGUGUGUAUGGGAUUGAGAUGCAUGCGAUUGAGGGGGUGGGGAUGGGCAUGAGUAUUGGAAGUAAGCUGGUGCUGCGGGAUGUGGUGGUUGCGAGGGGGGUGUUGCUGCUGAACCCUGGGUGUGUGACGGUGCUUGGGGGGAAGAUUGAGGGGGUGCAUAAAGCGUGGAAGGAGGGACUGAAAGAGAGGUUGCUGGCGAAGGCUAGGAUAGGUGAGGAAGAGUGAGAAGGUUGGGGCUGGAGGUUCAAAAGAAAAGAUUUAGGGUCUAGCCUUCUGGAAGACUACAGUCUCGAGGACUUGGUACAAGGUGAUUGAGGCUAUGCCGUUAAAAGGGAUAGGCAUCGCGAGUUAUCGUCACAAUCAAGAUCUCAAGCUCACAAGCAGGUCAGAGAACAGCUCGCCGAUAGCUAUAUCGACUCCGUUACUAGCUCGAAAUGUCGAGGUCAG